UAAAUGAAAAAUGUUUCGUUCAUCUUAGGGAUCUUCAGUAACCUGUAUUUCCCGCGUGUAUGGAAAAAAGAUCUCAGAGAAGAAAAUACAAUUUAAAGACGAAAAACAUUCACAGCACGAAACAGCAUCUGAGCCCGAAACGUUGAAAUUUUGGAGGAUACGCUUAUUGAAAACAAGCAGACGAAGCAGGUUUUUGCGCGCUUCACCAUGGAGUUUCCAGAUGAUCCCAUUGGGUUUAGAGACCCCAGACAUAUCCGAUUUUACAACGAGUCUAUUUUCCAAAACAACUUCAGUGCAUAUAACGAGACAGACGGCUUCCUGUCCACGAGUGUGAAGAUCACCAUUGUUGUGGUGUACAUGAUCGUCUGCGUUGUGGGGCUUGUGGGAAACUGCCUGGUCAUGUAUGUCAUCAUCAGGUACACAAAAAUGAAGACGGCUACCAACAUAUACAUCUUCAACCUGGCUCUGGCUGAUUCUCUUGUCCUUGCCACACUGCCAUUCCAGGGAACAGAUGUCUUUCUGGGCUUCUGGCCCUUUGGGAAUGUCCUGUGCAAGGUGGUCAUCUCCAUUGACUACUACAACAUGUUCACCAGCACCUUCACUCUCACCAUGAUGAGUGUGGACCGCUAUAUCGCUGUCUGCCACCCCGUCAAAGCUCUGGACAUGCGCACGCCACACAAGGCCAAGGUCAUCAACAUCUGCAUCUGGGUACUGGCUUCUGCCAUUGGGGUGCCUGCUAUGAUUCUGGGGGAUGUGGAGGUAGAGGCAAAUGAUGAAGGCAUCGAGUGCAUUGUGGUCCUGCCUGACCCUCGCAGCUUCCCCGUGUUUGGCACCUGCGUGUUCCUCUUCUCCUUCCUCAUCCCGGUGGCCAUCAUCAGCGUGUGCUACAGCCUGAUGGUCAAGCGGCUGCGCAGCGUGCGCAUCCUGUCGGGCUCCAAGGAGAAGGACCGCAACCUGCGGCGCAUCACCCGCAUGGUGCUGGUGGUGGUGGCCGUGUUCGUGGUGUGCUGGACGCCCAUCCAGAUCAUGGUCCUGGCCCAGUCCUUGGCGGUCAACCUGGGCAGCCUGCUGACGGUCACCCUCAUGCACUUCUGCAUCGCCCUGGGCUACGUCAACAGCAGCCUCAACCCCGUCCUGUACGCCUUCCUGGACGAGAACUUCAAGCGCUGCUUCCGGGAGUUCUGCUACCCCUCGGCCUUCCGCCUGGACAUGCAGCAGUCCAGCCGCAUGCGGAGCAUCGCCCGGGGGGUGGCUUACAACUGCAAGACCGCGGACGGUAACAGUAACCCCGCCUGACUAGGCGUGGAGCUGCCCCUGGUUGGCACAGCACCACCCAAAGCAGGCAAUUCCAACACUGAACUCACCCAAAUUACUGCCCUCUAGCGACACGAGGGUCCCCACAGCUAUCUACGAUGGGGACGCUCUUUGACACACCUAUUGGGACAAAGGGGCUUUAAUCAGUGUCUUAUCUCUUUGGACAUUGUCAGUUUUCUUUAGUUUCUUUCCUCUUUAUUUUGUGCAGUGGAUAUAAGCUUAUUAUCAUUUUUUACUUUAUUAUUUGGUAUAGUUAGCACUCUGGUUUGAAGAAAAGAAUUAAAUGGCCUUAAAUGUUCUGCAGUAUGUUAAAGUUAUCCUUGAGGAUUAAAUGCUCUGAUCCUGGUGCUUUUCUUUCAUUGUUUCGCUUUUGAAAAACAUGGGACACCGUGAAGAGAAGACUUUAAGGAAGGAGAAAGACUUUAAUUAGACUGAAAGCUUAUUGUAAUUUGGAAAAUAACAAAUGCUUUAUCUAUUGUUCUGUAAUUAUUUGUUGUCCUGUAAAGACAUUUUUAAAAAGUAUAUAUAUAUAUAUAUAUAUAUAUAUAUAUAUAUAGUGUGUGUGUGUGUGUGUAUUCUGUAGCAUUGUUUUAGCAACACACACACACACACACACACACAUAUAUAUAUAUAUAUAUAUACAUACACACAGUAUAUAACAUAUAAUGUUUUUUAAAAAGUAUUGCAGAACAAAAUUCAUGUGAUAUUAUAUUGACAUGAACAUAUACAUGAAUUUAAGUAUGAAUAUUGCUAUGGUCAUUUUCAUAUAUUACCUCUCUAUUUUAACAUGUACUCAGUCUCUGAUCUAGUAUUGUACAUGUGCCACUUUGUUUCUCUAUUUGUGUAACACAGGGACAACAGUAUAUCAGUUUACAUUUCUGAACAGUCGAAUGUUGAUAGACUCAUUAUAAACCAAAUCUUAUAAAUAUGUCAUGGAAAAUUUAGAAAUAAUGGUUGGUCUUCUUUGUGAGAUUUGUUUUGUUAUGUACAGUAUAUAUUUAUUCAUUUAUUUAAAAAUUGACUGAAUAAAUGAUCAGUUUUCUGGU